UCUCUACCUGGAAGUGUGUGUCACCUUCCUCUACCUCGUGUUGCUGUUCUGCCAGCUGGUUAUAGGCUGCCUUCUCUCAUGUGCGCUCUCAAAGCAUGAGGCUGUGAGCUCAGUCACUAGGUCCCUCCCAGGAGGCACAGCCGUACAAGCUGGGUGGAUUCCCGACAGCCAAACUUCAGGCUUCUUUCUAGCCAUUCUCAGAGUGUGAGCCUGACUCACAGCAUCCCAGGUUGCAGGCUCCCUCCUUCGCACAACUUGAUCUUGUAGAAACAGCUGCAUCCCUCAUGACACAAUGGCAAUGCCAUCAAACAACACAGCCUUAACCUUGAUCCUCUCAAAAUUGUUAGAAGACUACCUAGAGAAGAAAACCCACCCUACGCCUGUACCCUUCAUUGAUUCUAGUGACCAUCUGGAAGUAGUGUUUAUACUUCUGCUGCUUGGAUUUUUUGGAUUCAUCACCUUUGGGGUCAUGAUUAGCUAUAUCCGCUCCAAAAAGCUGGAACAUUCCAAUGACCCCUACAAUAUCUACAUUGCCACUGAUCUCUGGCAGAAGACGGAUAAAUCCAACUUUCAGGCCAAAGUAGUAGAAAAUUAUAAAUCAUGCUGUAUAUGGAAAAAUGAGCAUGCUGUCGAACAACCUGCUAAUCAUAUCCCUGAAGUGAAAUCUUAAUAACAAGAUGGUCAGCCUGUUGAAGAGACAUUGUGCCAAAAGUACCAGAGUACCAAAGAAACAGCAGUUGGACAAUACAUUUCAAAAGUAAAGGGAUAGAAGCUAUAACCUCUAUUAUUGCCUCCCUUGAAUUGGUGCCAGACUAAUGUGUUGAAUGACAUCUUCUAUCAGUUCCUGACCAUGAUGUGCUUACUGUAUAAUAGAAGGAACUGUUAUUUGAAGAGCUCAUCAUGAGGCACCAUGUUGGGAAAGGCAGCUGUUCUAACCUAAACAGUAAAAUAUAGGAAGUAUUUUUAAGCUACGGUUUAUCCCAGCAUAGUUUUUCCAUUUCAAAAAUCUGGAUGUAUUGUGACUAGAUCCUUGUUCUAGACUUCAUUCUUAUUAACAAAACAACAAGCAUGAAAAUGUUGCUUCAGUUUGAUAUUUUGCAGGUAUCUCCAUUUCACCAACAGAAAACAUGAAGCUGAUUCAUAAGAGAUGGAGAAAGACCAAUAUAGUUUAAUAUGUCACAUAAUUUGUGUAUAAAUCCAGAUGGUCAGCCAAAUGGCUUUUAACCAGUUAAAAUUUAUGGCUGGGGACAGUUUUGUUUAAAUUUAGGAUUUUUUUAAAAAAAUAGGAUUAAAAAAAUACUUUUAAAUUUAGGAAAUACAGAAACAGCCAUUAGCAACUGUUCAGUUUUGCAAAAUAUGAAUUUUCAAGGGAAAAUGUAGAGAGAAAGAGGAGCAGGAGCUAUAAUUAAACAGCUACAUUAUAUAGCUAAGAGCACUUCAAUACCAAUAUUGGACACCAUUUGGGGAUCAAUUCUAGCUCUGAUUGAUCUCGUGAUAUUUGUUUUGGAGAGCUCAGUGGAUUAAUUCUGACUUUUGACCUUUAAAUCUCAGUGGUGAUUUGCUUUGCAACUGGCAGGACCUUUUGGUCCAUGGGCUCCAUUUAAGCCAGUCCUUGCUCUCCUAUCCCCCAAGGUUCACAUACAAUUCCUGGAGUUUCUCUUUCUCUCUAUGCAUUGCUUGGAACCUAUUCUUUUUUUUUUCUAACAAUCCAAACAGAAAAGCAACAGAUAUACAUUGCCGCUUAGAGUCACCCACUAGGUGAAUGUAAUUAAUAAAUCAAUAUGAUUUUAUAUAUGAUAAGCAUUUCACUGACAGAUUUCUUAUGAAAUCAGUAGAGUGCAAUUUUUCAAAAAAAAUCACUGUGCAUCUUUCUCCAAACCUAUGUUAUUGAUCAAUCUUUUUUAUGACAAUUCAGUGAUUCUUGUUUUAAUUUGUAUAAUUUUUCACAUUUUCCUUUAAUAAGUGAUUUCUAUUGAAGGAUUUUGUAAUUUCUGGUUAUUAUAUAACUUCUGUAGUAUUUCAAACAAAUGGUUUAUUUUACUGCAUUUUUAUACAAUAUUCUCUACUGAGGAACAAUUGAUUGCGAAUUGGUAAAUACUGGUACAGGAAUGUAUCAUUAAAGGCUACCAAAUGACCCGGAAAAUGGGCUAGUUAAGCAUUGAUUUUAGAAAUCAGCAAGUAAUUAGUAUAGAUAUAAAUGAUUUCAAAUAAUUGCAACUUCAAUUUCAACUUCAAUCUUUUUAUGUACAUUAAGUGAUUAUAAUUAGUCUUUAUACAUUUGUAAUUUUUCAUCACAAAAUGUAAUAAAAAUGCUAAUUUCAAACAUGUUGCAUAUAGCCCUGUAUAUAUUGCCAAUUCAUGACAAACUCACCUUGGUUGUAUCAUCACCCCAGAAACAAUCAUUCUCUUGCCAUUUCUUUGAAUUUCACCAGGUUUCUCUUGAUAUAGCAGCCUAUCACUAUCAGAAUAGUUUCAGAAAAAUCUAUUU